AUGAUCAAACUGGGUGGAAAUCAGCUAACUGAAAAUUUCACAAAAACGCUAUGGAUGGAUCGUCUCCCUCAACAAGUGCAAGUUGCGCUAGCUGCAGCAGAUGGCCUGAACAACAAUGCUUUGGCUAAGCUAGCUGAUAAAGUUGUUGAGAUCCAAAGGAAUUCAAUGCCGGGACAGAUUAUGUCUAUCUCACCAACGCAGGGAAACAGCGAUCUGGACCAUCGCAUAGAUGAUAUCACUAAGCAAGUCCAGAUUUCUCACGUGGAAGACGAUCUACAUAAAGACUUCUCGUUCUGUGCCAUACACCGCAAGCCACCUGGUUCCAAAAUGGCAAAAUUGCUGACCACGUUAAACCAUGAGAAGGAAUACAUCAUCCAUUAUGUUGAUUUGAAUAAAGCUUCGGCUAAUGGCUUGAAGCUCACCAAAAUUCACAGAGUAGCAAAAUUUGAACAGUCUUCGUGGUUGAAGCCCUACAUUGAUCUGAAUACUGGAUUGAGGGCUGCAGCAACCAACACAUUCGAAAAAAACCUAUAUAAACUUAUGGAUAAUGCUGUGUUUGGAAAGACGAUGAAAAACAUUCGUGAACAUCGCGUCGUCAAAUCAUGUAGAUCAUGA